AUGUUCAAGGUUCUGGUCGUCGUCGGUCUUCUGAUUUGCCACGUGGCAGCCAAUAUUGAUGCGUCGAGCAUAGGAGUGCCCGCGGACACUCACAAAACGGGAUUUGGCGUGGCGAUUCCGGCGUCUUCGGGACUCGCAGGUAUGUAUUCAGGGCGGAGCAUCCGGAUGACGUGGCAGUUUCAGACGAAGAGCAGCAGCAGCUGCAAUUGGUGGACGUGAGCCCAGAGGAUGAGAACCAGCAGAGUGUGAACCACGUCAAAGAAAGUGAGACGAAUUCGACGUCAUCCGAUUUUCACGUUUCGUUUUUGUUUUCAGUGUUCGCCAACGCGUUCAACAGCAUCAAGUCGCAGAGAGAAUCCAUUAUCGCCGAGAACUCGACCCCUAAAUCUACCUAA